ACUUGUCACUUCGGUUGGAAAAGAAUUUCGGGAAUGAAAAACGCCAACACUUCAAGACAGCAGCGAAAAGUGGAAAUUAAUAUCACGAAUGUUAUUUAAUUGUAGCAUCUUUACGAUUUGUAAGGGAGUGAAGGGGAAUGACAAGUGUCAUUUUUCUGAAUUGUACCCAGAUUGUACCGUACUUUUAAGUUGCUUAGAUUGAUAUUUAGUAUGGUUGAAAUUUACAACAGUUUUCAACCUGGCGUCAGAUUGGAGUAGAUAAGCAAG